CACUUGGGCACCCUCGACUGUUGAUGCUCACGGCCGCACUCAGCUGCACUCGCACUCGCAUUCCCACUCGCAUCUCAGUCCUUGCUCCCCUCCUAAGACCAAGAGCUAUGUCCACCUCUAUCCCAUACACCGUCCCCAUCGACGGCGGCAUCCCCGACACUCAUCGGCCACACACCGAGCGGACCACCACUAUCCUGGUCCCAAAGGAUGAUUCCGCUUUCCUCAAUCCCGUCCAGGAGUACAACCGCGACCUCUCCGUGUCUGUCAUCCGUGCGUGGAACGAGGAGCGUAAAGACAAGCUCGAGGCGCAAUUCCGCGCGCGAAUGGCCAAGAAGCGUGGCGAGCCCGCGUCUUCCAAGAUCGAGAACAGCGAGACCUGCGAGGAAGAUGAAUGCAACGGCCCAAGGCCGCCUAUGACCAAGUUCCGGGCACCUAAGAUCACCAUUCUCGAGGCGUUGUCCGCUACUGGACUUCGCUCUAUCCGGUACGCGAAGGAGAUUCCCGACGUCAAUGUCGUGCUCGCGAACGACCUGUCUGCUUCUGCGUGCGACGCUAUGCGCCGAAAUGUUGCGCUUAACGGUGUCGGGGAAGGUUCGGCAGAGGAGGGAGAGCAACCCGACGUCGGCCGCCGUGAAGGCUGCACCGGUGUUGUGCGUGUGAAUGAAGGUGACGCCUGCGCUCUCAUGUACAACCACCGCGACCCCAAAAAGCGUGUUGAUAUGGUCGAUUUGGAUCCGUACGGCACUGCUGCGCCAUUUGUUGAUGCCGCGAUCGGCGCCAUCAAGGACGGUGGCCUUCUCGCCGUGACUUGCACCGACCUUGCUGUCCUCGCGGGCUCAAACUAUCCGGAGAAGUGUCUUUCAAACUACGGCGGGGUUUGCUGCAACGCCGAGUACAGUCAUGAGGUCGCGCUGCGUCUUGUCCUCAACUCGCUUGCGCAGGCUGCGGCGCGUUACGGGCGCACUAUCACGCCGCUCCUCUCCUUCUCGAUCGACUUCUACGUUCGUCUGUUUGUGCGCGUCGAUACCCAGGCGAUCAACGUCAAGAAGCUGCUCGUCGACACCGGCCCCGUGUACAUUUGCACGUACUGCGAGUCGCCGACGGUGCAGCCGUUUGGGCGCGUGAUCGAGAAGAAGACCUCCAACAACAUCAACCGGGUGUACAAAAGCGUGCAGGCGCCCACCGCACCGCAGCACUGCACUGAGUGCGGACAGCCGCAUCAUCUCGCAGGCCCGAUGUGGCUGGGUCCUAUCCAAGACCCAGACUUUGCCGCGCGCGUCCUUAAGAGCAUCGAGGGCGAGCAGGACAAGUACGGCACUUGGCCGCGCAUGCACGGCAUGCUCACAAUCGCGCAGCAGGAACUGCCAGACCCGUUCUACUUCACUUCGAACAAGGUCCACGGCUUCGGACGAGCGACGUCGGCCCCGUUGAAGUCGGUUGUAUCUGCUCUCUUGAACGGUGGUUACAAGGUAUCGCGGUCGCACGCUUCGUCAGGCUCGAUCAAGACGAACGCCCCGCGUUCGUUUGUCUUCGACAUUGUGCGGGAGCACAUCAAGAAGAACCCAGUACGGAUGGACAAGGUUGCCGAGAACUCGCCAGUGAGGGCGUUCGUCAACAAGCCCAUGACCCACACCAUCGACUUUACGAGGCAUCCUGAUUCGAAGGCUUUCGAGAAACCUGAGAAGACAGUGCUGUAUCAGCUCAACCCGCUGCCUGGGUGGGGUCCAGCCGCGCGCGCCAAAGACCUCAAGUCCAAGCAGAUUGAGGACAAGAAGCGCAAGUCGGAGGAGGUGAGCGAGCUGGAGGCCAAGAAGGCCAAGGUUGGCGAGGCGAAGGACGAGGAGGAGGCCGCAUUGAACGGAUAAUCUGUCAGAGGAUCAGAGGGGAGUAAGCGAGAGAGAUCAGAGAGCAUGGGUUCAACACUGGCAUUACAUAGAUUACACUCUCUCACAACAUGUACCAUUAUGGGGUAA